GAUGGCGCAGUUCAGUUUUUGAGUGGUGUGGGCGCAAUCUUUGAACUGCUGUCCGACCGAGUGGAGGUGACGCUACAGGCCUUUUUGCCCAGUCAAACCUCGGCAAGUGAAGUGGGCCGCCGGUGUCCAUGUCCCAGGGAAAUAUCCUGACUGAAUUUGAACUGAAAUAAGUAUAACCAUUUGUUUUUCAAGUUAUUCAUUGUCACACAUCCUUCGCAAUGGAAAAGUAUUUGGGUCGUGUUUUACCACCAACAAUCAAAACCUCGCCGUGUAAAAAUGACAUAGUGAAGAAACAUGGAGGCGGACUCAAUUUCCUUUUCAAGAGGAAAUUUGUGACCGAACAAAACCCCAACUCUGCCAGAAAAACUGGGGGAGAUAUUUGUCCUCCUUCUAAACGACAAAAGGAGGACGUUUCUCAGGAGUCACCAACCAUUCUGAGACCAUUAUGUCAACCUUCGUGGCGUAAAAUAUCAGCAGAGAAUCUUUCUUGUGACUACACCAAGUUGUACGGAAGGCGGGAAGCGAAGGAGUUGUUUGAUCACUGCGAGGGGGGCGGUCUGCAAUAUUUCACGGGGGAGUUAACGAAGGUGCAGGUGUUUGGAAAGUGGCACAGCAUUCCAAGAAAGCAGGUUGCCCAUGGCGACGCCAAUUUGACCUACAAGUAUUCAGGAGUUACAGUUCCAGCAAAGCCAUGGACAUCUUCACUUAAUAAGAUAAGAAACAGGAUUGAAGAAGUUACUGGUCACAGAUUCAACUUUGUUCUCAUUAAUAGAUACAAAGACGGGAAUGACUACAUGGGUGAACAUCGAGAUGAUGAGAAGGAGUUGGUUCCAACCAGUCCCAUUGCGUCCUUAUCCCUCGGCCAACCACGUGAUUUCAUCUUCCGACACGGGGAGUCACGCGGCAAGAAUGCAAAGAGAAAGCUGUCGCCCAUCAAAAUAGAGCUUGAGAACGGGAGUUUACUGAUGAUGAACUAUCCGACAAACUUUCACUGGUACCACUCACUACCUGUCAGGAAGAAAGCUCAUGGAGUGAGGAUCAACAUGACUUUCAGAUGUCUUAAAACUUGACGUAAAACAACAGAUGAUUCUGUUUGUUCUCAGCAAGUACUAAGUAUCCCCCCUCCCCCCUCC